AAAUAAUAGUGUCGAACUACGGGAAAUUCAAAGGUACAUAAUAAUUUAAUAAAUCUCGUAAAUCGUUGUUUUUAUUUCGGCUAUAAAAUCAAUUAUAUAAGCUGAACAGUACCUACGUUCAAAUACAAUAUUUAUGCUCUAAGAAUGUUAUAAUUCAUAAUAUUAGUUUAGUUGUCAGUUGUCGAAUAAUUAUGUAGUCGUAUAUACCUACGCCAUCUGAGAAUGUCAAAGUAUCAAACGGUUAUCAAAAGGUGUUUCGUUUCGUUUAAGUAGUGCUCCAAAAUUAAUGCAAAUGGAAAACGGACAAUCCCCCAAAGAAAAGUAUCUGCACGAUUUUACAUACCAUGGACAGGAACUGUCGGUCACUGAAGCGAAAAAUGUCUUAUUCCAGCAUUUGGAUAACAAUGGAUCUGUGGACCUGGAAAAGGAUGCUAAUGGCAUCGCGAAAAUACGCUUAAAUAAUCCUCGUAUCAAGAACGCUAUAAAUGUAAAAAUGAUGUUGGAUCUAGAUGAGAUUACAGAGAAAUUGUCUCAGUGGACCGACUGCAAAGGAGCAAUUAUGUAUGGCGCUGAUGGAAAUUUCUGUUCUGGAGGAGAUUUGAAAAUGGCGAAAAAAAUUAACAACGCGUUUUACGGAUAUGCGAUGUCUAUUUACGUUGGUCAUAUUCUCGACAAAUUCAAAAAGCUUCCCAUUAUUACUGUUGCAUAUAUCGACGGCACGGGUGCGAUUGGCGGAGGUGCUGAACUAACGACGGCGUGCGACUACAGGCUAAUGUGCAACGCUGUCGACACCACGGCCAUAGGGUUCGUUCAAUCGAAAAUGGGCAUAGUGCCGGCGUGGGGUGCCACCGGCCGGUUGGUGUCGAUCAUGGGCGCCCGGAAAACGUUAGACCUGUUGCUGGAGGCUCGGCUGUUUGGCGUGACCGAGGCGAUGGACUUGGGUCUGGUGGACGGCGCGGUGGCCUCGUUGGCGGACGCCGAAGCGUGGCUGUCCCGGAAGAUCAAGCCGGACGUGAACGUGAUCCGGGCCAUCAAGCGCAUGGUACGAUGCCACGACGAUUCACAGGAGGCCGCGCGAAUGAUAGAGAGCAGGAUAUUCGCGCCGCUAUGGGGAGGACCCGUCAACCAGGCUGCAAUCGAACGGCAAGUGAAGCACAAAAAAUGAAACCUGCGGCGCGGAGAACUCGAAAUGUCGAAAUGAGUUUUUAUUCAGAGACUAGUCUAAUAUUCUACCCACCUACCCAUCCAAAUUUUGAAUAUUUCAUGAAAUAUUUCAGUAUUUUAACUAACUUUGUUUUUAUUUUUAUGAAAAUUUGUCAUUCAAUUUAUAAAUGUAUAAUUUACCAAAAGCUUAUAAGGAAUUGUAUAUUAUUAAAGCUGUAUAAACAUAUCAAUGUUUCAUACUUCAUACUUCGAAUACUACAAAUACACUAAAUGAUUACCAAUUGGCAAUUACCUAUCCCACUUACUUAUUAUUCCUCAACAAUUCAGGCUGUCACUCGAUUAGAUACCCUUUUUGCCAUCUCACUAGAUUAUUUACUAAGGUAUUUUACUUAAAAAUUAAUACUUAAACAAAAGUUAACGAAUUUAGAUUUUUGUUGUUAUUUCUAUUAAUAGUUACAGAGACUUAAUUUUUUUUUGUGUAUAAAUAAAUACAUUUUAAAAUGUUA